AUGGCUGACCAGCGACUGACGCACGGCGUGUCCGUGGCAGCUGUGCGGCGGUUCCUGGAUGAUCUGAAGCGCGAGUUCCCCGACACGUACACUGAGAUGACCACGGAGGAUGCCUGCAAGCAACUGGCGCGGAAUCUCAUUGUGUUUUUAAUAGAUGUGCUGCUGCCGACGUUCGAGCGGUACUACGGCAAGCGGCAGGCCGUGGCCGCGGAGGGUGAGGAUGGCCAGCCUGGCAUCAUUUCCGAAUUCCAGCCCGUGGAACAGCGCAAUGGCGCUCGUGGUCACACAGCUGACGGCACAGAUGCAAGCUGUGAACAGGAGCGCUUGUGCCGCGUGAGGCACGUGCUCAAGGGCACCAUGCGCCUCCCGCCCCUGCAGCUGCUGGAGUUUGAGGACCGCCUGCGCACUCGCACCUACCUGGUUGGCCCCGCCAUCCACAAGGGAUUUCUCUCCGUCGCAGACAUGCUGGCUUUUGCCGUCUACCGCGCGUACGCUACAGAUCUGUUCGCCGACGCGCUGUUUGACGAGCUGCCGCGCACGCUGGCGUGGAUGCGCAACAUGCAGACGCUGCCCACCGUCGCCGCCACCUUCAGUCCCAUGCAUAUCCCUGAGCGGGUGCUGGCAAGCGAUCAGCCCCGCCUCGCCCGCCUCGCCUUCUCCCUCAAGCCCACCUGGUAUGGCCUCAACGCAGACUCUUCUGGCGCCACGUUCAGCAAUUCGCGCGAGGCAAAAGGCCGUCGGCGGCGUGCGAUUCCCAAACUGUACAAGCAGUGCUGGCCGCUCGCCACCAAGCGCCAGGCCCUCGACUCCCUCUUUCCCGACAGGGCUACUAGCGCUGCGCUUGCGGCGGAGGCUGCGACGCGCAUUGCGGACAUGUGGACGUCGCCAGAGGGCGUUCAUCUUGAUCCUGCAGCAGGCGACCUCUCCCCGCACCGCGCAGCCCGCAAGCGCCAGCAGAUUGAGAGCAUGUGCAAGGCCGUCGCGCUCAUAGCCAAGCCGGGGUGCAUUGCACAGAACGUCUCGCCCGUGGACGAUGAUGGCGAAGGUGACGGCCCAAAGUUCCGCAAGAUUGUCGACUAUCCACAGAGCAACCUUUUCCGAACAGACACCGGCAUCACCGAACUCGACUUUUUCGCGCUGUCUGCCUCUGCGGACCAGGAACCGGACCCUGGCGCCGACAAGAGCGGGACCACCAAGGCAGACAAGGAUGCACCGCACGCGACACAGCAGGACGAUAACAACACGCCACCCACCGAGCACACCAGCGAACCGAAUGUGUGUGAUGAUGUCGAGUUUGGCCGCAACUGCAUGGCCAUUGUCGACACAGACCGCCUCCACUACGCACAGGACCACGGGUAUAGCACGCUCAUGUCGGCGCUUGUGCCCAUCACAUGCACCCCGCGCAACAACAUCAUUGUCGGCUGGCCAAGCACUGCCGAAGGAAACGAAGAAGCAGAAACAACCAGAUAG